GGAGGAAGAAGAGAAAGGAGGAAAAAACCUAGGCAGAGGUUAGGAGUCACAGCGAGGACUUGUGACGUGGUUCACUGGGGAAAAAAGGAGGAGGCCGGGGAUAAAAAGAGAAAAGAAAAAACGUCGAUUGUGGGGCUACAUUUCCUUUGGCGACUUCCCGAGGGGGAGAAGUGCGACCGUGUCUUUUGUGUUUGCUCCUUCUUUGGACUUGGACGGGAUGUCAUAUGAUUCAGAGCUCCCAGCACACAGCCACGAAACUUUAGUCCGCCGGGGGAUGACACUGUCGAUUUAACUGACAAUUAUUCCAAGGUUUUAUUCUCAACUGCUUCUUUCCUGGCUGCUUUGAACAUGGCAAUUUAUGUGGAAGGUCUGAGGAAAGGAGUGCUCAACGGAGGGAUGUCUCAAUUCCAGGAAAUGAUGCGGCAGCAGCUGGAGAGCUCCAUACACAGCGAGAUGGAGAAGCUGCUGGAUACCACGACAGGCGCAGAGAGAGAGGCAUGCAAGAAAGACUUUGAGGGCUUCAGGCGUCUCUUCCACAGGUUCCUCCAGGUUAAAGGUCCAUCGGUGGAGUGGAUCAAGAUACAGCGACCGCCCGAUGACUCGAUCCAACCGUAUGACAAGAUCGUAGCGCGAGGCCUUCCGGAGGGCGUCGCCGACAGCUUGAACAAGUUGGUGGUGGUGAAGCUGAAUGGGGGUCUCGGUACUAGCAUGGGCUGCAAGGGCCCCAAGAGCCUGAUCAGCGUCCGCAACGAAAACACCUUCCUGGACCUCACCGUGCAGCAGAUAGAGCACCUGAACAAGACGUACAACACGGACGUGCCCCUGGUGCUCAUGAACUCCUUCAACACGGACGAGGACACCAAGAAGAUCCUGCAGAAGUACACACACCACCGUGUCAAGAUACACACGUUCAACCAGAGCAGAUAUCCUCGCAUCAACAAAGAGUCGCUGCUGCCCGUGUCCACCAGCCUGAGCACGACAGGCCAGAACGCAGAGGGCUGGUACCCGCCGGGCCACGGCGACAUCUACGCCAGCUUCUACAACUCGGGCCUGCUGGAGCAGCUGAUUGGCGAGGGUAAAGAGUACAUCUUUGUGUCCAACAUUGACAACCUGGGAGCCACCGUGGACCUGCACAUCCUCAACCACCUUGUGGGACAACACAAUGGCAAGCGAUGCGAGUUCGUCAUGGAAGUGACGGACAAGACGCGCGCCGACGUCAAGGGCGGCACGCUGAUCGAGUAUGAGGGCAAGCUGGGUCUGCUGGAGAUUGCCCAGGUGCCCAAAGCCCACGUGGACGAGUUCAAGUCAGUGUCCAAGUUCAAGAUCUUCAACACCAACAACCUUUGGAUCUCGCUGGCCGCCAUCAAGAGGCUGCAGGAGCAGAAGGCCAUGAACAUGGAGAUCAUCGUCAACAACAAGACACUGGACGGGGGUCAAAACGUGAUCCAGCUGGAGACGGCGGUGGGCGCGGCCAUCAAGUGCUUCGACAACGCCAUGGGCAUCAACGUGCCCCGUAGCCGCUUCCUGCCCGUCAAGACCACCUCGGACCUCCUGUUGGUCAUGUCCAACCUGUACAGCCUGGAGGCCGGCUCGCUCACCAUGAGCCCCCGCCGGGAGUUCCCCACCACGCCGCACGUCAAGCUGGGGAGCUCCUUCACCAAGGUCCAGGAGUACCUGACCCGCUUCGAGAGCAUCCCGGACAUGCUGGAGCUGGACCACCUGACCGUGUCCGGAGACGUCACCUUCGGCAAGAACGUCUCGCUCAAGGGCACGGUGAUCAUCAUCGCCAACCACGGCGACCGCAUCGACAUCCCCGCCGGCUCCAUGCUGGAGAACAAAAUCGUGUCGGGCAACCUGCGCAUCCUCGACCACUGAGGCCACGCCCACCCUGGGCAUGUGACCUGCCCUCCGCCUGCCUCGCUUCAUCCCAGUCGUGUGAUCUGUCUUUUUAUUUUAAAUUUUUAUUUUUUUUUAAAUAGGACGCUGCCCCCUGCUGGCCAACAAACGACACUAUAACUCUUAUGUGAUAAUAUAGCAUGAUCCUGUUAUAUAAUACUUUAUAUUAACAUCAAAGACUAAAGUAAUCUGAGUGAAAAGAAGUUCAAGGCCUUUGGUACUGUGUGUACUCGGCACAUGUCUCAAUACUGUGCAUUAUAAUUUUUUGUGUGUGUGCUGUCAAACACCAGGAGACGCCAAACACACACACAGCGACAAGACUGAACGCCAGCAAUAAGCGUGACUGAGGUCUGAUUAAACUGCAAUAUCACACACUGAAA